AUGGCCAGGGAGGAUUUUCUUCAAGGAAUUUGCAUGCAGAAAUUUAUAAACACCACUAUCGAUCCCGAGCUAUUUGAUUAUGCGCCUGGAUCCCGUAAUCUUACGGUUCUAUACGGGUGCCCCCCUCCUUAUACGCCUAAUCCUAGUCAAUUUACUUGCAAAAUCUAUGGUACUAAUGACACUGAUGGUUAUCCGGUAGAAGGAGCGAUCGGCCCAAGUGGGUGUUUUGCUAGCAUUGUGGUCCCAGUUGUUGAUUCUUCAGCUGCACAAAUAAGGAAGUGGAGUUCGAGUCAAAUCAUUGGGAAAGGGUUUGAAGCAAUCUAUAAGGUUCAGGGUGAAGAUUUAUGUGUUGAAUGUGAAGCAUCAAAGGGUAGAUGUGGUUUUGAUCUUAGUAAAAAUAAGAUAUCAUGUCUUUGCCUAGAUGGAAGUAUUGGAGAUACACCAUGCAACAACUCAAUAUCUUCUGCUAAAUCAGAAAAUUUAAGGUAUCCCUUCUGGGGAGAGAAUAGGGCACCAUAUUGUGGCCUACCUGGAUAUGAGCUUCAAUGCCUUGGCAAUGAUGUUCCAAUCAUUACCAUCACAUCUCAGAAAUAUAGAUUCUUAAAAGCUGAUGCUGAAGCACAUAAGCUUAUAGUGGCAAGAGAUGACUUUUGGGAUGAUCUUUGCCCUUCAUCCCUGGUAAACACCAGCAUCAAUAACAGCCCCUUCGAGUAUCCCUUUAACCCCGUCUAUUUGACUCUCUGCUAUGACUGCCCUAUUGCGUCCAUGAUAAGUUUGGGCUUUCUAGGUUACAGUGUUUGCAACGAAAGUGGUUCCUUUAUUGAUGUCUGUUUCAAAACUGGGGUGUAUACUCCUAAUAUAGGGUGUAGGAGUGUGGUAAACAUACCAAUUCUCAAAACACUAGCUCCAGAAUUAAAGAUUGACAAAGCCUCUGUUCUUAAGGCUUUGCGUGAUGGUUUUAAAUUACAGUGGAAAGUGAACGAUGAUCAAUGCAAGACGUGUGUAGAGUCAGGUGGUCAGUGUGGGAAUGAUCUCCACGGAAAUAAAUUCACUUGCUUUUGCCCUGACCAACCUUAUGCAUCAGAAUGUCCUACCCCAUCAGGUAUGUUUGAUAGUUCAACUCAACCAAGUUUCAGUAGUUUACUAUGGAGUAUUAAGAUGUGA